AGAAGAAGAAGUUCAUCGACAGGUGGCGCUGAUGUUUCCUCUAAUCCCUAUUAAAUCUGUUCUGCGGACCACAGAGGAACAGUAGCAGCAAGGAUGCAGCGCGAUAAAACCGGAAGCUCCGGCGGCGGGGAUAAGCCGGACAGAGAGACUGCCAUCAUGUCUAAAUAUUAUGAUGGGGUCGAGUUUCCUUUCUGCGAUGAAUUCUCCAAAUAUGAGAAGCUCGCAAAGAUCGGCCAGGGCACAUUCGGGGAGGUUUUCAAGGCCAAACACAGGCAAACGGGGAAGAAGGUGGCUUUGAAGAAAGUACUCAUGGAGAAUGAAAAAGAAGGGUUUCCCAUCACAGCCCUGAGGGAGAUCAAGAUCUUACAGCUCCUAAAACAUGAAAAUGUAGUGAAUCUCAUUGAGAUCUGCAGAACAAAAGCUACUCAGUUUAACCGUUACAAGGGGAGCAUCUAUCUGGUGUUUGAUUUCUGUGAGCAUGACCUCGCUGGAUUGCUAAGCAAUGCCAAUGUUAAAUUCACCCUGGCGGAGAUAAAGAAGGUUAUGCAGAUGCUACUGAAUGGACUUUACUAUAUACACAGAAACAAGAUCCUUCACAGAGAUAUGAAAGCGGCCAAUGUUUUGAUCACCAGAGAUGGAGUUUUGAAACUGGCUGAUUUCGGAUUGGCCAGAGCGUUCAGUUUGGCUAAGAACAGUCAGGGGAACCGCUACACAAACAGAGUCGUCACACUGUGGUAUCGACCACCUGAACUGCUGCUGGGUGAGAGAGAUUAUGGGCCUCCUAUAGAUCUGUGGGGUGGUGGAUGUAUCAUGGCAGAGAUGUGGACCAGAAGCCCCAUCAUGCAGGGCAACACAGAGCAACAUCAGCUCACCCUCAUUAGUCAGCUGUGUGGAUCCAUUACUCCAGAAGUUUGGCCUGAUGUGGAUAAGAAGUAUGAGCUCUAUCAGAAGAUGGAGCUACCAAAGGGUCAGAAGCGUAAAGUGAAGGACAGACUGAAGGCGUAUGUGAAAGAUCCGUACGCUCUGGACCUCAUAGACAAACUUCUGGUUCUGGAUCCGGCUCAGAGAACAGACAGCGAUGAUGCUCUUAACCACGACUUCUUCUGGUCUGACCCCAUGCCUUCUGACCUCAAAAACAUGCUCUCUACACACAACACAAGUAUGUUUGAAUACCUGGCGCCACCUCGCAGAAGAGGUCACAUGCCUCAGCAGCCAGCUAAUCAGAAUCGGAAUCCUGCCACCACCAGCCAAUCAGAGUUCGACAGGGUUUUUUGAUUGAAUUUGCUGCUUGUUUGGACAUGUUAUGGUUGGUCGAGAAGAAAAGACAUAGCAUUGGGUGAAUGUGUGGAACACCCAAUAUAUUUAUAAUACUUUUUUGAGUUUUUGUUCCAGUUAUUGUGUUGCUUGGGACAUCUACAAGUAGGCAGACUUAAUUUACAUUGUUUUGUGACAUGUUGUGCUUACACGCUCUGUCGAGCAUCAGUCUCAGUUGUACUUGUAUAAACUGCUUAAUGCUGAUAUGAGUGUUUUAUAGUGUUGAUGGUGAAUUAUUGGGGGGGAAAAAGACAUUGAGAUUGUUUUGGCUAAAGGUUAACCAGACUGUCAAAAUACAUUGGAUUUCUUUGGAAAAAAUACUUUAAUAAAAAUAAAUGCUUUCUAUGUA